CCACUUGACCGCGGUCUUCUUUUACACCAUUGAGCUCCCACUGUUACCAUGCCCAGUCUAAUCUCACCCGCAGAACGCGACUACAUCCUCAAGGGAAUCGAAUGCAACAUCAGAGCUGACGGACGCCAGCGACCUGACUACCGGGAAAUCACCCUCGAAACGGGCGUUGUCUCUCAGACUAGCGGCUCUGCUCGAGUCCGUAUUGCAGGAGGAACCGAUGUCCUCGUCAGUGUCAAGGCUGAGAUUGGGCCUGUCCAGGUCGAUUCAGAGACAGGAGAUGGUGCUGAUAAAGGACAGAUCGUGUGCAGCGUAGAAUGUGCGCCAAGUGCAUCGCAACAGUUCGAAGGACGAGGCGCCGACGAUCUCAACAAUGAACUCACACAAAUGAUGUCCAGAUUCCUCAGCCAAACCACCAAUACCAAUACCGCAACAUCACGCUCUACGACUUCUUCAGGAGGCAUCAACCUUUCAAAACUCUGCAUCAUCCCUGGGCAACAAUGCUGGAUCCUCUAUAUCGAUGCACUCGUCAUGGACUAUGGUGGCAAUGUCAUGGAUGCCAUUUUCAUGGGCGCCCGCGCCGCUAUCUUUGAUACCCGAAUUCCCAAGACCGAGGUCCAGGACCUAGGUGACGGCCAGUUUGAGUUUGAAGUUCUCGAUGAUGCAGAGGACACAGAUAUUGUCGACGGCAGGGAAGACAUGCCUAUCUGCGUCACAUUAAACAAGAUCGGUGCCCGUCAUAUUGUAGAUGCCUCACCACUGGAGGAACUGUGCACAGAAGCACGAUUGGCAAUUGCUGUGAAUCGUUCAGGAGAACUCUGUGGACUGCAAAAGGGUCAGGACGGAGGAAUCGAACCCAGUCUGUUGCUCGAAAUGAUACAAUUUGGCAAAACAACAGGCCAGACCUUAAUUAAACAAUUGGAUGCCAAGAUCAAAAAUGAGGCAGAUGCCGACCUCGCAAGGAGACAACGCGGCGAACCACUCCACAAGUUGGGCUUCUUUGCACAAUAACAUCCAGAUCAAACAAACAUACAUCAGGACCAAUGUCAUAAUAAAACACGCAUUCAAUU